GCUCUCUAAAAGUCGAAAACGAACUAAAAAUGUUUUCCGGAAUAUUUAGUGGUUUAUUAUUUAUAAUAAGUUUCGUAGCAAUUAAUUCUCAUCAAACCAAAAAUAUAUUAAGGUAUUCCGAUUUGACCAGUUAUCGAGUGUGCACCACUGAUGCAGAUUGUUUGGAUAAUUCUUUCUGUUUUGGAAAUGACGCUGAAAAAACAGGAAGGUGCAAAUGCUUGCAAGGGUUUGAAAUGCUUGUCAGAAAUGAAAAAUUCUAUGCUUGUCUUCAAGAAUCGAGCUAUGGGAAUCCCUGCCUUUAUUCCGAACAAUGUGUCAUAAAUUUAGGAAAUAAUGGCCUAUGUGAUGCUAAGACCAAAUUAUGCACGUGUGCUGAUGGUUCACAUUAUAAUGAGGUUGAUAAGCAAUGCUACAAAUCAAAGAAAUUACAUGAUAUUUGCACAACAAGUGCCGAAUGUGUCCUCAAAAAUGGCCAAAAUGCAUUUUGUCAGUACGGACGUUGCCGUUGCGAUCUAAAUCAGCAACCCACAGCUAGUUUGGACGAAUGCCUGGACUCGAAGAGACUCGGAGAUACGUGUGGUUCGGACAAAGACUGUCAACUCAUAGACAACAGCUAUUGCGGAGGAACUUGCCUAUGUCGACAAGGGUUUUCAGUUUGCAGACAUGGAGACUUUUGUUUGAAAGAUGCCAUCACCAUUGGGGAAGACUGUACAGAAGACAUUCAAUGCGUUAAAAAUAUUCCUCAUGCUUUCUGUUUAGAAGAAAAAAAAUGCGUUUGUCCUCUCGGCAGACAUUUCUACGGAAGUAGCUGUAUAGUUUCGGUGGAUGUCGACGGUUAUUGUGAAAAGGACUUUCAAUGUUUGUCGCAAGAAAAAGAAGUUUCAUUGGUCUGUAAACAUGAUGUGUGUGUUAAAACUAAUUCAGGUGGAUUAUUUUUAUACAGUGUGAUAUUAUUGUUUUUGCAAGUUGGGUUUAUAUACAUUUUGAAUUAUUAAAUUAUUAUAGG